UCAGCACUGGAAAGGGUAACAAAACCUGCUCAUUCUUAGUUACAAAAAGGUUCAGCUGAUUCAAAACAGGCAGACUCUACCUCCCUUUUUAUGGUUUGCCCAGGGGUCAGAAUUCAGGUUGUUUGAUUAGUAAUAGACCUGGGCCACUUGGCCAUGUGCAAAAGCAAUGCUCCCACUGGAUAGAGGUGCACGAUAAAAGAGGGGAGCUAACCAUCAGAGUUUCUGAAGAAAGAAUGAAGUCCGAAACCGCUCCCAAGAUGACGGUUCUCCAAUCUCCCGUUGGACUGAUGAGCAUCGUGACCUCCCUAGUGGCCUUCUUCAUCGUCGUCAGCUCCGUCUCCCUCUUGUUCGACCGAGGCCAGGAAACACAAGUGCAAAUGGCGUUGGAGCACGAGAAUCAAGAGAUGCAGGUGAAGGUGGUGGCCGAACACCAUGAUCAACAGCUAAGAGGCCAGGAAGCAGAGGUGCAGUGGAGAGCUGAGCUCCAGGACUCGGCGAGGGACGCCGGCGAGGAGGAGUGCAACUGGUCGACGGGACGGUGGGUCUACGACAACGUAUCUCGGCCAUUGUACUCCGGGCUCAAUUGCGCCUUCAUCUUCCCAGAGGUGGCUUGCGACAAAUAUGGCAGGAAGGAUGUCAUGUACCAGCACUGGAGAUGGCAGCCUCAUGGAUGCGACCUUCCGAGAUUCAACGCCACCAAGCUGCUUGAAAAGCUGAGGAACAAGAGAUUGGUGUUUGUGGGCGACUCAGUCAACAGGAACCAAUGGGUUUCCCUGGUGUGCAUGGUGGAGGCCUCUAUACCUGAUGCCAGGCUCAAGAUGCGCGUCUUCAAUGGCUCGCUCAUUUCCUUCAAGGCAUUGGAAUACAAUGCGACAAUAGACUUCUACUGGUCGCCACUGCUUCUGGAGUCCAACAGCGAUAACCCCAUCAUCCACCGGGUGGAGUACCGGAUCAUAAGGGCAGACAGAAUUGAGAAGCAUGCCAGUGCCUGGAGGGAUGCUGACAUCAUUGUCUUCAAUUCUUACCUGUGGUGGAGGAAGCAGAAGGAUGACAUGAGGAUGAAGGUCAUGUAUGGUUCAUUUGAAGAUGGUGAUGCAAGGUUAGACGAAGUGGAAAUGAUUGAUGGUUUCGAGAUAGCUCUCAAGAAACUAACCGAAUGGCUCGGAGAGAAUAUUGACAAGAACAAGACUAGAGUCUUUUUCGCAGGGUCAUCACCUACACAUUCCUGGGCUAGCAACUGGGGUGGAGAAGACAGCAACAAAUGUCUUAAUGAAACGGAGCCGAUCUACAAAAUCGGAUACAAAGCCGCAACUACAGAUUACAGCUUGAUGGCCAAGGCUAAGUCGUAUUUUGCAACAUUGGAGCCGAAAGGUAUACAUGUUGAGAUACUCAACAUCACGGAGCUGUCUGACUACCGCAAGGACGGGCAUCCCACGGUGUUCAGGAGACAGUUUGUUCCUCUGACGAAAGAGCAGAUUGCGAACCCGGCCAGCUAUGCGGAUUGCACACAUUGGUGCCUCCCUGGUGUUCCUGAUGUCUGGAACGAGUUUUUGUACGGCUACCUCAUGUACAAAUGACAUACUCCAUCUAGGUUAGGCUGCUGUUGUGCAGAGAAUGGCUGGCACCAUUACAUUUACAUUUACAUGUAGAGAGAGAGAGAGAGAGAGAGAGGAGAAAAGCAAUACUCUGUCUAUCAUCAUCUCACUAAAGGAGGCAGUCAAAGCAUAUAGUGUGUAUCAGUGUGCUAUUUCUUUGCAUCAGACAGAGGAACAUAAUUCUUUGCAAAAUUAACAGGAAUCUGCCAUAACAAGGAAAAACUUAAGAAUUAAUAGCAGAUGUCCCCAAAAUUCAAUUCAUUCAGAGGGCA